CAACAACAUCUCCAGCUUUCUAUCUACGUCGUUCGUUGCAGCAAAUAAAUAAGUUUUAAUUGAUUGUGCGCCUUUAAAAUGUACGAAUUGUGGCUAAUGCCGUGACCAACUGCAGUGUAGUGCCUCUAAUAGUUGGCACCAGUGUAAAAUCGGCUGUUCGGGGACCAAAAGAAGCCUAAAGUGUCCAUAAAACGCCAAAGGAAAAAUCUUUAGAAUCGAAUUCGAACAAUUCAAACACACACACGUAGUGCUGCACCGUUCACACACCGCCGUAGAGUACAGUACCGCAGUGCGUGCGAGCGAAACGACCCGUGUCUCGGCAGAUAACAUACAUUUGUAUACCUCUCUUUCAAGUGAAGAGCGAGUAGAGUGAUGAGCGAAUCUCUAUCUUCUCAAGUGGAGGAGACCAAGGUGUCCGAUGAAGAUGGUGUAAAAGAGAAAGCUGAAGUGUCCACCGCCAAAGAUUCGGCGGAAACGGCUAUGGAAGUGGAGGCAGAUGAUGCUGGUGGUCAGCAGCCGGAGCAAAGUAAAUUGUUGGAUAAGGAGAAAUCUGCCACGGUGGACAUAAACACACUCACUCCCUCGACGCCCUCACAAACCCCGCCACAACUGCUGGCCGGCGAAACAGCCACAUCGGGAAGCACGGCCGUCAUUCCGGAAAACAUCCUGUCCCCGCCCAAGUCAGAAACUCAAACCGAUGAGACUAACACGGCAACAUCGACGUCCUGCUCCCCAGCCUCUGACGGUCAGCGGUCGCCGGCGGCGGAGCAACAGUCAUCGGCACCUCCGCCACAGGCGCAGGCCCCAGCGGAGCCGGUCAAUGGCUCCGUACCAAAGUCGGGGAAACCACUCUCCACAGCGCUUAGCGGCAAGAAGACCAGCAAAGCGGCCACUACGUCACCACGUGCAUCCCGAUGCCGCAAAACCAAGGCGCUGCCCAUGUACGAAAGCGAAAUCAGCGACAACAAGAUGGGUAUCAAACUGUGCAUCAAGAAAUCUGAUGCCGGUGAAGGCGCACCUGCUGGUGUCACAUCUCCGCCAGUUACAGUUCCCGCAGCAACAAAAACUGUGCGCAAGCGCGUCCGUAAACCAAAGCAACAGGACAGCGAUGAGGCCGAGUAUGAGCCGCGCAAGAAAAAAGGCGGAGGAGGUGGUAGUGGCGGUGAAAAGAAGGUUUCAACGAGUCCGGAUGCUGCGGAGGCGGCUGGCGAGCCAAUCGAGCAGAGUGUCUGGGCUCAAAAGCUGCCCGAGGAAGUCCUAUUCAGGAUCUUUGAGCAUGCUGUGGAUACACAGGGCUGCCUGCCCACCCUGUUUCGGCUUGGCAGAGUUUGCUCGCUCUGGCGACAGGUUUCUCUUAGGCCUACUCUGUGGCGCACCAUGGAUCUUACCACAUGGGUCAAAGAGAAGUAUCGCACCGAACUCAAGCUCAAGUGGUUUGUCGACAACCGCUGCAGUGCCUGUACAGACUUGAAUGUUUCCAAUUGGAAAAUAUCAGACAUAAAUUGCUUCCUUGCCAAAUUGUCAAGCGGAUGCCCGAAUCUCCAAGGCAUUACGCUCUCCGGCUGGAAAGGUUUCACCUCGGAUCAUCUUACGUAUUUGGUGGAUAACAUGCACAAGUUGCAGCGCCUGGACUUAAGUUCCAUCAAUGUUGAGAUGAAUGCCAGCAAGAGCGCCGUGGGUGUCAACUCCCUAUGUAAUGCACUACAGACUAUGGGCAGCCGUCUAACGCAUCUCUAUUUGGCGCACAAUCGUCUGGCAGGAAUACCACAAAUAGUCGGAAUUCUUUCGACGCACUGUCCGAAUCUAACAUUAUUGGAUCUCUCGAACGUGACCACUCAGGCCACAUCACACGGUGUACUCCACAUUGAGAAGUUACAGCGUGGCUGCCAGAAGCUAAAGGUCCUGCGUGUGACAAACUCUCAUAUAACGCCAAGCACGGCAUCAAUGCAGGAAAUUAUGGACUCACCUGGCUUCCCAGAACUUGAAGAACUGUCCGUGGCUGCCUUAACAGAUGAAUCCCGCAUCAUAAGCGACGACCAUCUGCAACGCAUCCUUAAGAGCAGCUCCAAGCUAAAGCUACUGGACGUACGCAACUGCACACGGCUGACGCACGAGAGCCUAAUCCGCCUGCCUGCCUGGGAUAUCAAGCAUUUAUUCCUGUCAGGUUGCUCAGUCACACGGGAUAUGGGGUCGGGUCUGGAACUCAUUGCCUCAAAGUGGGCGCACAGUCUCAUAGAACUGGAUUUGGCUUGGGCGAAUAUGCAGCAGCCCAUUGAUAAUGCGUUGCGCGCCCUAGCAGAAAAGGGCAGAGAUUCGCCGUUGGCUCAUUUAAAUCUGUGCGGCUCGUCUGUUUCCGAUGAGGCGGUAAAGGAAAUACUGACGAACUGCCAAAAUAUGAGCUCCAUCAACCUGGCAUCGUGCCGUGGUCUGCCGCGUGGCGUCAAGCGGCUAAUGCAGGGGCCGCAGGAGCUAGGCGAACUCCGGGAGGUUCUGGGGGUGCAGCUGAAGAGCAGCAGCGGGAGCAACUAAUCCAGUCAGUGGGCAAAUCCACACAUCGGUUUUAUUGUUGAUCAGGCGGGCCAAGUUUAAAUGUAAUUUAAAUUGUUGCAUCCCUCUUCGCGCGAAAGGCGUUUAGCGCUUUGUUGAUUUUGUAAUGUAGUCCGCAAACAUAUUGCAAUAUUUGCAUAUUUGCAAUCGCUUGCAUCUUCCAAUAAUGCUUAUCUUGUUAAUAGGCCCUAGAGCGUAACUACUGUACUAGCAUAGUAUUCUCUUCUGCACAGCGGCAGCAGUGAGUUUCUCCCUUUUGUGGAUGUGCCCGCAUUAGAUGCUGUGCGAAUAAGCAACCUUUUGUAAAUGCAAUAUGUAUUCAUAGCUAAGUUGAUUCGAAUUUUUUGCAGCGCGAAAAUCAUUUCCUUUCGAAGACAACCGUUGCAACGAUUUUCAAUGAUUUUUUUUAGUAUAUAUGAUGGUAUAUAUAUAUAUAUAUAUAUAUAUAUAUAUAUAUAUUUACUGAAUUAUUGAUAGUUAAGUCCGACCAUUGAGCGUUUGUAAAGUAUGUAUACAAGAAUUUAAAAUAAGUUUAAAGUGUAUAAUUCGCAAUACAAAAAGAAUAUAUUUACCAUAAAGUAGUCGUCAAUUCAAAGUCGCCAAGGCAAUUUGUAGAAUGUUUUAAUCCGACAAGAAUGUACAUAUUGGCGUUAGAAAAACUUUCCGAUUGGAUGUUUUUAUAUAAAAAAAAGUAACCAUUUAUAAAGGUAACGCAUAUACCACACAUACAUAACAUAAAUUAAAACAAUUCAAUUGUUAAGCAUUAAUAGCAGUUAAGAGACGGCAAUUAAAGGUACAUUUAAUUUAAAAUAAACGCAAACAUUUUCAAUCUA